CAAGCUCUCUUUCUCUCUCUCUCUAUCUCUCAGUCUCUCCAUUCCAUCUCUCUCCCACUCCCUCUCUGCUUUUUUAACCAGUGAGGGGAGGGAGAGAGUGAGAGAGAGAGAGAGAGAGGGAGAGAGAGAGAGAGAGAGAGACUGCUGUGGCAUUCACAGGCAGACAGCGCAACCGCUAGCACCUCUUCCUCCAGUUUUUCCCUUGCCUCACUGACUCACUGUUUUUACGGAAAAGGGCUAUUUUUCCUAUUUAAAAACGGAGGACACCUCUGGAACAAGUCAAAAGAGGGCGGGCGAAAAAGCCGAAAACGGAAAAGAAGCGAGAAAAAUCAUGCAAAGAAUCAGGAGACAGGAGUGAAACAGGAAUGAACUGAGAGAGAGAGAGAGGGAAAAGGGAAAGAAAACACCUCCCGUGAUCAAUCCCCCCCUGCCCCCCCCCCCCCCCGAAGGAGAAGAGAGGGAUCAAGGAACGUGGGAAAAGACGGAAGGCGCUGGAGUAUUCGUUUUUUUCUUUCGUUUCAUUUUUUUCUUCUUCCUCAUCGUGGUGCUGGCAGGCGCCUCGUCCUUCCACCUGUUCGCUCUGUCCAUCAUCUGCCUGCUCAUCUACUUCUCCAUCUACCUGGUGUACAAUUUCGCCUACCUAUGACCGGCGUUGGAGAGAGCAGGGAAGGGGACGAGAGGGGCUUUUCUCGUUUCUUUGCUUCUUUUUAUUCCACUCCGGCUUCACCCCUCCGUCAUCCGCCGCUCCUUUCCAUCGCCUCUCCUUGGACCAUCCCCCUUUUCUCCCGCUCUCUUCGCCCUCUCUCAGCUCCGUAACCGCCUCCUCCGAAAGUCGUCCGGCGCUCACUGAAUGAGAAAAGUUGGACCAAAUCAAAAAAAAGAACAGAAAGAACACAUUCCUCCUUUUUCCGUUCUUUCAUUUCGCCCUUUCUUUUCCUCCUUUUCCCCUUUUCCUUUCCCCUUCCCCUUUCUUUUUUCCUUCCUCGCUCCUCCACUGCCUGCCUCCCUCCCUCCUCUUUUCUUCACACCUUUUUUUGCCGGACGCUUUAAAGUUCCUCUAGCAGCGACAGGAGAAGAAAACGACGGAUGACGCAGGAGGACAUCACCAAACAGACGUCUGAAGAACCUAAUGAAGUCAAAGAGUUGAGGAAGCGUCUCUUUUUCUUUAAAUGUAUACAUUCACACUGAGCAAAGAAGAAAGGAAAAGCUGUUCUGUGUGAAAUGUGGGUUUGGGACACAGCCGCUUACUCACUGGCUCAAAGUAAAAUGAACUUUUAAAGAUUUUUUACCCGAACAGUGUGAUAUAAAUUAGUUUUCUUUUUUAUAUCUUUGUGUUUUACAUCCUUUUUUACAUCCAAAACGAGAUGUCAAUGAAGACGUAGGCCUCAGGUGUGAUAGUCGGUGUGUUUACACACAUUUCUAUCCAUCCAUAUUCUGAAUGAAAGAGCAGGUUCACACUUUAUGAUUGAGUGAAUCAGUGAAUCGGAUCUUUUGGACUUUUUUCUCGAUUCAUUACUGGACUCAGAUCAGCUCAUCUGUUGCCUUCAAAACCCCCCAUCUGGAUCUACACCAAGGCCAAACCGUUUAAGCCUCCAUCCAGCGCUUGCUCUCCACACCUGUCCUCCUCCCUUCCUUCCUCCUGCUCCUGCGGAGCUCCUCGUGCUAUUCACCAGUCUGUCAUCCCUCCAUCCGAGGCUAUGAGAGGACGAGUGGAGACCCAGCUCAUACCACCAUGCCAGAGUUGAGGAGAGAGGAUGACAGUUGGGCUGGCAAUGUUCAAGGGACUGCGUCUUCACUCGUCCGCCAUGCUUGUCAGCCUUCGCUUCUCUCUCCUCCUUCUCUCACUCCUCCUCCUGCUGUUCCCAGCCUGCGAGUCACGGCGGGGUGGAGGAGGCGGGGCCACAGGUGGCGGAGGCGGGGCCGGGGGCGUGAGCAGCAGCACCCGCGGCCACUCCAUCAUCGGGCCGCCCCACUACCCUCCGGCGCCGGCUAGCCCAGUGGCUGCGCCGCAGCCGCCCAAGUUUGCGCAGGGCCUUAGCAUCGCCGUCAUCCUGGUGGGCAACUCCAGCGAGGUGACUCUGGCCGAGGGUGUGGAGAAGGAGGACUUCCUACACGUGCCGCUGCCGCCUAAGGUGGAACUGGUCACCAUGAACGAAACGGACCCGAAGAGCAUCAUUAACCGCAUAUGCGCCCUCAUGUCUCGCAACUGGCUUCAGGGAGUGGUGUUCGGAGAUGACACCGACCAGGAGGCCAUCGCCCAGAUCCUGGACUUCAUCUCAGCCCAGACGCACAUCCCCAUUCUGGGCAUCCGUGGGGGGUCCUCCAUGAUCAUGGCUGCCAAGGACGACCACUCUAUGUUCUUCCAGUUCGGGCCGUCGAUAGAGCAGCAGGCCUCCGUCAUGCUCAACAUAAUGGAGGAGUACGACUGGUACAUCUUCUCCAUCGUCACCACCUACUACCCCGGAUACCAAGACUUCGUCAACAGGAUCCGGAGUACCAUUGAGAACAGUUUUGUGGGCUGGGAGUUGGAGGAGGUGAUACUGCUGGACAUGUCGGUGGACGACGGCGAUUCCAAGAUUCAGAACCAGCUGAAGAAGCUCCAGAGCCCUGUCAUUCUGCUCUACUGCACUAAAGAAGAGGCCGCCACUAUCUUCGAGGUGGCGCAUUCUGUGGGUCUCACUGGAUACGGUUACACGUGGAUCGUACCAGCGCUGGUGGCGGGGGACGCGGACAACGUCCCAAAUGUUUUUCCUACAGGUCUGAUCUCAGUGUCGUAUGAUGAGUGGGAUUAUGGGCUGGAGGCCCGGGUGCGUGAUGCUGUGGCCAUCAUAGCCAUGGCAACCUCCACCAUGAUGCUGGACCGAGGUCCUCACACGCUGCUUAAGUCAGGCUGCCUCGGCGCGCCUGACAAGAAAGGCACCAAGGGAGGAAACCCCAAUGAAGUGCUGAGAUACCUCAUGAACGUGACCUUUGAGGGGCGCAAUCUCUCUUUUAGUGAGGACGGAUACCAGAUGCACCCCAAGCUGGUUAUUAUUUUGCUGGAUAAGGAAAGACAGUGGGACAGGGUGGGUAAAUGGGAGAACGGCUCUCUGACGAUGAAGUACCACGUAUGGCCGCGCUUCGAGCUCUAUUCAGACGCCGAGGAGAGAGAAGACGACCACCUGUCUAUAGUAACUCUGGAGGAGGCCCCGUUCGUCAUCGUGGAGGACGUGGACCCCCUCAGCGGCACCUGCAUGAGGAACACGGUGCCCUGCAGGAAGCAGCUCAAAACUCAAAACCAAACAGGAGAUUCAGGGAUCUACAUCAAGCGCUGCUGCAAGGGUUUCUGCAUAGACAUCCUCAAAAAGAUUGCCAAGACCGUCAAGUUCACCUACGACCUCUACCUGGUGACCAACGGCAAGCACGGCAAGAAGAUCAACGGCACGUGGAACGGCAUGGUCGGAGAGGUGGUGUUUAAGAAUGCCCACAUGGCAGUGGGCUCUCUGACCAUCAAUGAGGAGAGGUCAGAGGUCAUCGACUUCUCCGUGCCCUUCAUAGAGACGGGUAUUAGUGUCAUGGUCUCCCGUAGCAACGGCACAGUGUCCCCCUCGGCAUUUCUAGAGCCCUUUAGUGCUGAUGUCUGGGUGAUGAUGUUCGUGAUGCUGCUGAUUGUGUCUGCCGUCGCUGUCUUUGUCUUUGAGUACUUCAGUCCUGUCGGAUAUAACCGCUGUCUGGCAGACGGUCGAGAACCUGGUGGGCCCUCCUUCACUAUUGGCAAGGCCAUAUGGCUGCUCUGGGGUCUGGUCUUCAACAACUCUGUGCCUGUCCAGAACCCUAAGGGGACCACCAGUAAGAUCAUGGUCUCCGUAUGGGCCUUCUUCGCUGUCAUCUUCCUGGCCAGCUACACAGCUAACCUGGCCGCCUUCAUGAUCCAGGAGGAGUACGUGGACCAGGUGACCGGCCUCAGCGACAAAAAGUUCCAGCGUCCAAAUGACUUUUCUCCUCCGUUCCGCUUUGGCACGGUUCCCAAUGGCAGCACAGAGAGGAACAUCAGGAACAACUAUAAAGAGAUGCACAGCUACAUGACCAGCUUCCACCAGAAAAACGUAAACGAGGCCCUCCACAGCCUGAAGACUGGUAAACUGGACGCGUUUAUCUAUGACGCCGCUGUGCUGAAUUACAUGGCCGGCAGAGACGAGGGCUGCAAACUCGUGACCAUCGGUAGUGGAUACAUCUUUGCUACCACAGGCUACGGCAUCGCCAUCCAAAAAGACUCAGGCUGGAAGAGGGCGGUGGAUCUCGCCAUUCUGCAGCUGUUCGGAGAUGGUGAGAUGGAGGAGCUGGAGGCUCUGUGGCUGACUGGGAUCUGUCACAACGAGAAGAACGAGGUGAUGAGCAGCCAGCUGGACGUGGACAACAUGGCCGGCGUCUUCUACAUGCUGGGGGCGGCCAUGGCGCUGUCGCUCAUCACCUUCAUCGCCGAGCACCUGUUCUACUGGCAGCUACGCUUCUGCUUCAUGGGCGUGUGCUCGGGCAAGCCGGGCGUCACCUUCUCCAUCAGCAGGGGCAUCUACAGCUGCAUCCAUGGUGUUCAGAUCGAGGAGAACAAAUCAGGCCUCAACUCCCCAUCAGCCACCAUGAACAUGAACAUGAACAACACACAUUCGAACAUCCUUCGUCUGCUACGCACUGCCAAAAACAUGACCUCUGUGCCUGGUGUCAAUGGCUCUCCCCACAGCGCCCUGGAUUACGGCCACCGCGAGUCAGCUGUCUACGACAUCAGCGAGCAUCGGCGAAGCCUGGUAGGCCACACGGACUGCAAGCCUCCGCCACCGUACUUGCCUGAAGACAAUAUGUUCAGCGACUAUGUGAGCGAUGUGGAGAGGACUUUUGGGAACAUGCACCUGAAGGACAGUAACCUGUACCAGGAUCAUUACCUGCACCACCACGGGGGCACGGGAUCCGCACUGGCUCUGGGUAUGUCGGGUCCGUUGCCUAACCGACCUCGUAGCUUAGGGAGUGCCAGUUCGUUGGAGGGUGGGAUGUACGAUUGUGACAGCUUAGGGGGAGGGGUAGCGCCCAUCUUUACCACCCAGCCUCGCCAGUCACUGACGCACAGGAACAGGGAAAAGUUUGACCUGAUCGCAGGCCACCCCACCCAGUCCAGCUUCAAGUCUGGCCUGCCUGAUCUGUACGGGAAAUUCUCCUUCAAGGGUGGGGCAUCCAGUUCAGGGUUUAUAGCGGGACAUGACAGGUACUGCGGGGGAGGUGGGGCGGGCUCGGGAGGGGACGACGGCAAUAUUCGCUCGGACGUGUCGGAUAUUUCCACCCACACCGUGACCUACGGCAAUCUUGAAGGCAAUGCCAAGAGGCGCAAGCAGUACAGGGACAGCCUUAAAAAGAGGCCAGCAUCUGCCAAGUCCCGUCGGGAGCAGGACGAAAUUGAACUGGGCUUCCGGAGGCGCACCCACCACACCAUCCACCACCACCAUCAUCACAACCAUCCAGUCACACAGGGACACCGUUCAGCCACCCCACCUGUGGAACGCAAGAGCCAGAGAGGGGCCAAUAGCUCCUCAUAUGUGUUCCGUGACAAAGAGAACUUGAGGGACUUCUACAUGGACCAGUUCCGAUCCAAGGAAGGGGCAUCCCCAUGGGAACAUUUGGAUUUGAGUGACGCUCCUGGAAUGGGCGGCGGAGGGGGUCUGGGUGGGGGUGGAUGUGGUGGCGUAGUCAGCAGCGGUGGUGGAGGGGGAGCUUGCACUAGUUUGGUUCCUGUGGACGAUUUCUUGAAAGGUAAAUCCAAGAAGACAGAGUGUAAGGGUGGAGUGGGAGGAGGAGGAUCUCCUGGGCAGCAGGGCCAUGCAUGCUGGGAAAAGAGCAUUGGAGGGGUGGGGGGGUUGGCCGGUGGGGACUGGGAAUGCCGUAACUGCCACAGUGGAGGAGGUGGAGGUGGCAAGCAAGUUUGCAUGCAUGGGGGAGGAGGGGGUGGGGGCUACUCAGCUGCAGGGGGUGUUGGGGGAUCCGGUGGAGGAGGAGGUGGUGGGAGCGGACAGGUUUCCAGCCGCCCGAGCUCGGCCACCUGCAAGCGGUGCGAUUCAUGCAAGAAGCCGGGCAACUUGUAUGACAUCAGUGAGGACAACCACCUCCUCCUGGAUCAGCUAGGGGGCAAGUUCGUACUGGAGGGUGGGAAGGGAGGAGGAGGCGGAGGCGGAGGUGGAGGUGGAGGGGCCCAGACUCAGGCGCAGAGGCGCAAGUUUGGACCAGGCGGCAGGGUCCUGCGUAGGCAGCAUUCUUAUGACACAUUCGUAGACCUGCAGAAAGAAGGGGCGGGCAGGAUGGGAGGUUCAGGAUUUGGGGGCGGUGGAGCUUCCAUGCUCCCUCCACCACGGAGUGUGAGCCUGAAAGACAAAGAUCGCUACAUGGAAGGUGCGAGCCCCUAUGCCCAGAUGUUCGAGCGGUAUGCAGGUGGGGAGCGGGAGACAGGUUUUUUCGCUGGCGGGGACCGGGGGAAGGGCGGGGGCUCGUCAUUUAGCUUGUUCCGUGGGGGUGAAGGUGGGUUGCACCGUCGUUCGGUAGGCGAGCGGGACAUGAGGGACAGGGAUAGAGGCAUGAUGGGAGGAGGAGGUAUGGGCGGUACCCGAGGGGUCGGGACUUACUCCUUGUCUAAAUCUCUCUACCCAGAUAAGGUGAACCAGAACCCAUUCAUCCCGACCUUCGGCGACGACCAGUGCCUAUUACAUGGCGCCAAAUCGUACUACGUCAAAAAGCAGCAGACACAGCCGCAGCAGCAACAGACGCAACAACAGCAGCAGCAGCAGCAGCUCCUCAACAACAACCGGGCUGACUUCCGAGGCUCCAUGGGGGUGACUUCCUAUUUGCCAGCCUCUGCCUCUGCCGGGGUCAUGUCCAACGUGGGACCCCGGUUCCCCAAGGAGCUGUGCCUGGGUGGGCCCCUCGGCAACCACCACGGAGGGGCGGCGGGCAACAACAAGCUGCUGUCAGCAAGGGACGGGUUAGGGAUGGGGCAAGGACAGAGACCAUUCAACGGCUCUAGUAACGGACACGUAUACGAGAAGCUCUCCAGUAUUGAGUCGGAUGUCUGAGAUUCUGAGAGGGGGAGAGAGAGAGAGCAAAACAGAGAGAGUGAGAGAAAAAAAACGGAAAGUUAAAGAUACAAGGUAGACAUUGAGACUGACGAGGGAAUAAACCGACAGACAGUGUCUAAAAUUUCUACUUUGUACUUUCACGUUCAAAAGGAAGAGGAAGAAAGCAAGCAAGAGGGACUGACCCAUGCUUUAGACGAGCAGACGAUGAUGCACUGUUGGGGCCACGUUUGUAAAUAGAGAGAAGGGACCUGCUCACUAGAGAGCGCCGAACUCUGCGUAUCCCUCUCUUUUAUCCUCUCGUCUUUUUUCUUAUCCCUUCUAUUUUUCUGCUCCUUACGCCAAAACGAAACGUCCGAUCCAGCUUAGGUGCGGAGACCUGGUACAAUCAUGAACGGAAAUCAGUUAUCGUCUUGAAACAACAGGGUAAAAUUUACAAUAAUUGUAUUGAUAAUGUUGUUAACAAUAAUAUUAUUAUAUAUGAUUACAAUGUUUAUGAUGUUCAGUUUGGGCUUGAUUUCUGGAUGUUAUAUGCUGUUAUAUAUUUGUACUCUAGUUACAACUCUUUGUUAGCACAAUACUUUGCAGGAGGCUUUCUUAUUUGAUCACGAGAUCCUAUUUGAUCUUAUUUGUCAACUAAGCUUGCGUCGUCUUACACCACCGCGCCAUUCUGCCACGAUGUGGAGCGCCGGGAUUGGCCGGGACCGCCGUGCAUAAAGCGGCGCCCUCUUCCAGGGACGAUGCCAAGCUUAAAAGAAACAUAGACAAACUUGCUUUCCUUUACGAUUCUUUACUAUUGAUUCUUCAUGUUGAUUUGAUUUCUGAUAUGGAGUGCUGUAAAAUGUAUGUAAAAGGCAUGAUGCAAAGUACGUCAGCUGUACUCGAGAUGUUGUUGUGAAGGACAUUUAUUACGAUCUCUUUUUAUGGUUUUAUGAUUUUUCUUUUUUUUUUCGAACAUUGCAUUAAUGUCAAGAGAACAUUGGUUUAGUACACAGCACAUUAUGUGCCUUACCAGGAGUCCCAGAAUCUCUAAUUAUACAGGUCAUAUUGCCAUGGUAACUUUUUGAUCACAGCACACAGAUGGGUUACAGGAUGAUUCAUCUAUUAUUCUGGAAUUGUCCUCAUUGUGUCGUGAGGACAUGUUUGGGAAUAUUCGGCAUUUAGCGACAUAUCGUCCAUUCUAGAGACAUAAAGCAGUAGUCCAGUGUUCAGUAGUCCUAGAGCUGAGUUACUUAAAAAAUAAAGAAUGAAGAACUGAGAAUAAGGAAAAAUAAAUGUGAUGGAAUAAGUGGCAUUUCACAUAUGUGCACACAGUCCUUGGGUUGUUUUAUGCAGAGUUAAGCUUCAGGGUGUUAAGUUCAAGUGCUUAAAAAAUAUAAAUAUACAAUUAAUUUAUUGUUUUUUUCUCCCCCAAUCCCGACGCCCUCUUUUUUUUUUUUUUUUGAUCAAGCCGAAAUUACAACCAAUGUCAGGGUUUGUUUUUUUUUCCCUCUUAGAGUGCAUUCAUUAUUCACUGUUUCUUUUCUUUCCUCCUUUCUUUUUUUUCUCUUUUUUUUCUUUCUUGUGCUCACUUUGUCCUUUGGGAGGCACUCGGCCCACUGUGAGCUGGGUGUUGUGGGAUAUUAUGAAAGAGCUCUUUGUCUCAGCAUUCGCUUGUAUUUUUUUAAUUGUAAAUAUUUCUUUUUUUCUUUUUUUUCCACACUGUACAGUGCACAGACAGCAAGGAUGUAACUUUAGAAAAUCGUGUGUUACUAAAUUUAGAACUGAAAUGAACUAAAAUAGUGUAGUAGUUGCACAUUUUCAACUUGGCCACAAAGUGAUUAUGGUAUGACUACCGGUCAACAUCCGAAUUAGAGUAGAAUACGAAACAUUACUUAUCUAUCGUCUUGCAGUUUUUUUUUUUUUUAAUGUAUAUUUUAUUUAAUUUUUUUUUUUUUACAAUUUCACAAUUGAUCACCUGGCUAGCUUAGGUUGAAGGCUUAGGUUCUGGAUAAUCUUUCUUUGUGAGCUAAAAGUAGUUAGUACUGCUUUUGAUUUUGCAUGAAACACUUUUUCAUCCCACAGAAACACUGGAAAAACUGAAUUUUUGACUUAUUUUGCCAUUGAAAUUCAGUGUUCCUUUGUAUUUAAAGUGAUUUAAAGCUUAUUAAUCCAUUUGUGCAUUUGUAUAUCGUUUCUGAACAAAAGCCCUACAACUCCUGGACAAUCACAGUCAAAACAUCACUCCUGUUUUGAGACAGUUUACAAAAUAGACUGCUUGUAAAGCUCGCUGUUUUAAAACAAAGUCGAGGUAUUUUGUCUGGAGUUCUCAGACGAAAAUGACCGACAAAAUGUGCUUACCAGCUAUUAUUAGCUAUUUUUCUAAGUAGCCAAAUACUAAAAGAGAUCAACCAAUUCAUCAACUCGAUUAAGAAUGAAAGUCUCUUCCAUUUAGUGGCAUUAUGGCACACUAUACCGCGUACCAUGUACCAUGUACUAUGUGCUAUACUCACUUUCGUUUAGCGUCGUCUUCUGAGCCACCACAUGAUGAACACAUGAUCACAUGUUCAAGCCACUCUGGUUAAGUUCUGAAGUACAGUCACGUUCUCCUGUACACCAUUAGAUCUCAGUAUGAAUUUCUUGUGUGAAAUAUAAACAUUUUCUUUAUUCCGAUUUUGUAAAGCCAAACUGAUCUCCAAUUUAAGCACAAUGUUUAUACUAUUUGGUUAAUAAUCGAUGUGUAUAUCGUUUUUUUUGUGGACUUUUAAGAAACGAACUUCACAUUUAUUGCCACAUUUACUCAUUUUUUUGCUAAGUCUGUGUGUGUGAGAGUUUGUGAAACUGUGAGUACCUUUGUGAGAGACAUGCAUGCAUCUUUCUUUCUAUUUUACAUUCUUGCUUUUACAUUCUUGCUUUUUUAGACGAUGUAAAAUUUUCCAAGACCACGUCUCUAGUGUUUUCCUUUUCUUUCCGUGCGGAGAAAACGUGUUUAUAUUUCUUUUACUUAAGUUGUACCAGUUAGUGCCAUACGAAGCUAAUGUUGAUACAGUAAGUUGUAUAUAAUUUAGUUGGUGAGACAUUGUAGCAGAUAUGCUAUGCUAAUGGAGUUAGACACGUCUUUCCAUUUUGGAAUAUGGUACAAGCUCGUAUUUGCAGAAGGCACUAUCGUGUUCUCGGCCUAAAGUUUUUCCGCUUUACGUCGUUGGGCGAACUCAAAAACUCAAAUGGUGGGGUCCUAACCUGAGCUCCUGAGUUAGGAAUAUAACCAUGAGAAUUUUAUUUUCGUUUUUCUGAUCACAUAGGGCUAAUUUUGUCACUUGAAGCGUUUUAAAUCUUUACCUCUCAUAGCUGUGUCGGAACAAAAUGUCGGAAAACAACUUUAUAAUUACUUUAUUUGCAUGGUUUCGCUCUGUUAAAUCAUAUAAUGUGCUUCUAGAGGCUUCCUUACAAUUUGUUUAUGCCUGGUUUUGCUUUCCUUUAUUCAGAGGACACUAGUCAUUAAUCGCAGUCAGUUCUUCAAGUAGCCUCUUUAAGCUCCACCCACAAACGCAUUCAUUAUAUUGCGAAGUUGGACUAUACCAAUGUUUCGUUUGAUUUUUUUAUAUAUACAAAAAUGAGCCCUAUUAAUGAAUAACCAUAAAUUGUCAAUGUCAGGUAUUCUUUUUUCUUUUUUUUUAUUGGACAUAUACUUGGACAUUUAUUUUUUAUUGUGCUUUAGACUUGUCUUCAUUCAUGAAGGCAAUAUUUAUAAAAUAACAAUGGGAUUUUUUUUGCACUUGCAGUAAAAUAAAAACUAUAAAUACAAUACUGUCCUGUCAUAUUAAAACCUGCAUUGAAACAGUAUUAAUCUAAGUAUAUUUUCCACAGUAUACUUUCAUAUACAAAGAAGGAAGAUCAGUAACAUCACAAGAAUGUGACGAGAAUGAGGACUACCACAUAUUCUCACAAUUACAGUCUGAGCAACCACUUUUGGUAAAUUGGUAAAUAAAUGUGUAGAUACAUUAUUAAACACUACAAACCAACAAACAUGUCCACAAACAACGUGGCAUGAUCCGAAUAAGACUGCAUUUUGUCCUAAAUGCAGAUCUCACAUCAGAGUUCAGAUAGAAAAAAUAAUAAUAGUAAUAAAAUAAAUACAAUAUAAUUAUUCGUAGGUCAUGACACUAUGGGAAUCAAGAUGUUAAAGAAGUUGUGACACCAUUGGUCUAGUGAUAGAAACUUAUACAGCAGUUUUUUUAGGAACAGAAUCAAUCUGCUCUGCUCCAGAACACAUGAUCAUAUUUUCCUAAUUUGAAAUUAAAAACAAACAGCUUACAAAGAAUCUUAGGUUAUAAACUAAGAUCAUAAGAAUGGUUUUAAAUUCUUUUUGUUUUUUGAGAGGCUCAAAUAUUGAGGUUAAAAAGAUAUUUAUUUUUCAUUUAGAAGCCAGUUAUUCUUGAAUUAAUCUUUAGAGAAUUUCCAGAAAAACAUGAAAGAAUAUACUUAAGAUUGCUAAAGAAUAACUACUUGUCUUAACUUUUUUUGUAUUUUUUAAAACAAGUACUUAGUUUUUUUUAAUUAUUCUUCAGAAUAGUUUCAAAGAAGAAGAACAUAACUAUCUUAACAUUUUAUUUUCUAUUUUUCUGCCAUUUUAACUAGGCCAAUUGUGCCACCUAUUUAACUGAUAGUCAGCUGUACAUCCAAAAUCACUGGUGAUGCCACAACACCAGGAGGGUGAAGACCAGCUCAUGCCUCCUCCGAUACAUGUACGAAACUAGUCAAACACCGCCUUUUUUAUUUUAAACAGUUGCUGAUGCAGCAAUGCUGAGUAGCAUCACAGCUCAAAGCAGUUCAGAUACACCAGCUCACAGACGCCUUGUGCUGAUCGACAUCACCCUUUGGAGUGAUGAGAGGUGAUGAGAGUGCCAUCUACCCAACCAGAGAGAGUAAGACCAGUUGUGCUCUCUCAGGGCUCUGGCAGCUGGUGGCAAUCUUUUGAUCAUAGUGACAGAUAAUUUAGACAGCUGGACCACUCUGCGCCCUUGAUUUUUUUCUUUAUUCUAAAACUUAAUUAACCUAAAACUCAUUAAAGGUUGUCCAACUUAGCAGUCGUUAUUGUGAAAGAAUGCGUUUGUGGGCGGAGCACGGCUAGGCUAUUUAUGAAGGCGUGUUUGCUGUGCGGUGCAUUUGCUGAAAUGUAUUUACGGAACAGUCUGAACGCCACAUUUUCAUGUUUUUCCUGUGUUUUUUUUUUGUAACACAGAGAAAAUGUGUGUGUGUGAGUGAGUGUUUGUAAGAGUGUGUGUCUCUGUGAAAGGGAAAGGGUUGCUCUCGUUCAGAAGAAAGGCUGCCCUUCUUCUUCCUUUAUCGUUUUAGUUUUGACUCACACCUUUUGAGCGGAGGCCCCGUGAAAGCAGGCUUAAGUGCUUUGUUCCGCUAACUGCAGGUGGAGGGCGAGAGACAGCGGUGGUGUGUGGACUCGGGCAGGAGAGAGAGAGAGAGAAAGAGAGAGAGAGAGAGGGAGAGAUAUAGUAGCCUACAUUUUAUUUUUGCACUCUGUGAUCACUCGUACAACCUAUAGGCUUCCUGGGAUUUGACUUUGAUGCAGAAGGAGUGCAGCGCUGCUGUUUAUCUGAGGCUAAUCAGGCUUUGUUUUGACACUCGCUUUGCAAUUCACGUCCCCUCUCUGGUACUGUAUGUCACAGGUUAUUGUACAUGUGCCUGGAUUCAUGCUUGAUUACCUCUGUGUGUAUGUGUGUGUGUGUGUGUGUGUGUGUGCAUGUGAGAAUGUAUGAGUUGAGACACAGAGCACAGUGCAAUGGCUGUCUACUGUAACGUGUGAAUUUUUGCUGUAAAUAACGACGUCCCCUUUUCCGUAAUUUUUACUAUAGAGAGAAAACUAUUCUACGCUAUGGAAAAUUUGGGAUACACUUUUGUUAGGCAGGUUUUGUAAAACCACCGCAGAGGUUAUAACGACGUCACGUCACCAAGGCUAGAACUCCACGUAGUCUAGAAUUAGAGGACCCGAUUUUAAACCAGACGAAACUAGGCCUUUUGUCGUCUUUACUAUAAAACCUGAUCUUUCUAACUCUCUUUCUUUUUUUCCUUUCCUCGGUUUUUGGACGCUUCUUUUCAAUGUUACACAAAGAUGAACAAUUGUACAGACUUGUGUAAAUACGACCAAACGGUUUCUCUUUAUUGCGUUUUUGUAUAGAGAGAGAUUACCUGUGUUUAAGAUUACAAUAAUAAUUUAACGGGAAAUUUCACAAUACGUAAGCUAUUGAGAAUACGGACACAGUAUGUGUGAAUAUAAGUGCUAAGAUAUAUUCUUCUGUCUCUUUGUACAAAACAGUGUUGACAAUAAAUAAAAGGGAGAAAUCUCA